AUGGAACACACAUUCCCCCUACAAUCGCUCCCUCUCGAGGUCCAGUGCUUCAUCAUCCAAUUCCUCGACCCCAUCGCCCUCAUUUCCCUCAGUCAGACUGGCCGUUUUUACCGGCAGCUCAUCCGCCCCGGCCGCACAGAGCAGAUAGAGCGCCUGCUGGCGCUGGAAUGCCUUGCCAAGUAUGGCGGCGAAAGGCCCAUCCUACACCCGGACGUGGAUCAGGCUGUGGCAGGCCCGGACUGGCACAGAGACGCGUGGCCGGAGCAUCAUCGCUGGGCAUGCGCGGCCUGCCUCCGACUGCUCCCCCACAGCCACUUCGACAAUCAUUCCCUCCUACGACGGCGGAACCGGAAGCCGUUGCCUGAUUCUCCAGAAGCGACGCCGCUCACAUCAUGGCAGCCGGGGACGGGUCAAAACGCCCGUAGGUGGCACCAGCAGCGCCAAGCGGCUGGCGCGGGCGCAAGAAACAACCCCCCCAGAGACUCCCAGCAGCUUGGAUGGGCGCGUGCUCGGCGAAAAUGCAAUGAGUGCAAGUUUCAGCGAGGGGAGUUCCUGCACACCUGGCUUGAGUGGGAGUAUAAGUUUCCGCGCGGCACGCCAGCGGUGCCCAUCCAGACUAGCCGCCGCCUCGCCUUCAACUCCGUGCUUGAUCGCUUCUUUACAGGGCUAGAAGGCAGUCUGGAGAGCGGGCCGCGUCCAUUUCCGCUCCGGAGAAAUACUUCAACCGGAGAAAGCGUUGGCGAACAGACGUGGACAAUGUAUAUGAUGCGGUGUCCUGGGUGCGAGCGCUGGCAAGAGCAGCGGGCGUUCCGGAUCGGGGGCCAAAGCAACCGUUGGAGGCCGAUGGCCCAGGGGGAGGGGCUGCUGAGGUACGCAUUGCUGAGCAGUGACCCAGAUAUCCAGCUGGUGCUUGACGAGAUGCGCUGCAAUCACUGUUUUGUUCGAGAGCACGGCCGUGACGCCCUGGGGAAGACACUGCUCAGGUUCCUUGGGAGGGUGAUCGAGCAGCUGUCUCUUGAGGCCCGGCAACAGCUAGAACAAGGCUGGUGCACAACCGUUCACAACCACAUUCCCAAGCCGUAUGUCAAGCAGGUUCGGGAAAUGCUGGAAAGAUAUUGGCGUGGGGACUAUGAGAUGAGACGGGGUCUACUGUGUAUGACAUAUUCUCAUGCGGCGACCUUGAGGGUGCUCUACGAGGAAUUUAAAACUAUGUGGACGAUGAUGAGGACGCAUCCUGAUUUUGUCGAGGAGAAAUUCUUAGAGGACACGGAUUUCAUGGCUUGGCUAAAUUGCUAUCACGAACCAGAGGCCAUUUAUUUUUGGCUGAGGGAGGUCGAACGUGAGGUUGAGAGGAAUCCAGACAUGCUGGUGGCGUGGGCGCUUGGACGAGAUGGUGCGUCGUUGGCAUAG